AUGCCGACAUUCAUUCAACUCAUCUGCAUACAAUUAUUGCUUUUGAUUAUUUCGCAUCAAGUUCUAACAAAACCAACUGAUACGGAUUCGUUUGAUGCACUUGUAAAUGCUCAUCGAAAUCUUCGUCCAUUCCGCGCAUCUGCAGAUGGCAAUUUCGAUGAUAUGUGGACUGAAGAAGAUGACUAUGAAACCUUUCGACAACAUCUUCUACCCAAAUUAGCAAAACGAAGAGCCAAGGCAAAUCUCGCUGGUCUAUGGGGUGUGCCAACAAAGUUUGCUUAA